AUGUGUCUGCAGUGGAGACGGAGAAGCAAGGUCAAGGCCACGGCCGAGACGACGGAGAUCAAGCCGCGCCGCCCUCCUCUUCGAACCCAUAGCUCCUCGUUUAUCCGCCCGAGAGCUUUCCUCAAUCGUCUUUCAACCAUCGCCUCCCUCCGACUCGUCCACGAUAUCAAAGACUCCUCCGAGCUUCUACAAGAGGUCGAGGUGGUGACUCGACAAAAGUUUCCUACCUUCGACCUAGGACCCAAGACCCGCCAACAUCUCGAGGCAAUCUUCAAAGACCUCAGCCAACCUCAUCUUCAUCUCAAGCGCCAAACGUUCCUCGAUUUUCUUUCCGAGGUGCAAGGAGAAGAAAAUGUACAGCUACACAAAGCCAGGUACCGCUUCCAUGAGUUCUGCGAUAUCAUUAUGGCGGACUAUGGCUUCAACGCCAUCCAGCGACCGCACUCCUACAAGAAAGAUCUUUCAAAGCCCAUUACCCAUUAUUUUAUCAAUAGCAGCCACAAUACGUACCUGUGUGGGAACCAGGUCACGUCGAUCUCUUCCCCGAGCCAUACAGGAUCGCACUUUUACGAGGCUGUCGCUGUAUAG